AUGGUCCAGGGUCCCGCGCCUGGUGCCCGGAGGAGAUGUCGGUGUCCCGUCCGCGGCGCCGACCUGCGGCGCCUUCAGGCCCCCGAGAAGGGACCGAUGGUCCGCCACCGGCGGCUUCCGGGAGUCUCGUGUCCAGGGUCGGGCGGGAAGACCAUCGCUUUAUCUACUCAAGUCCUCUCUGAAAAGCAGAGCUACGGGAUCGGGUCGUCACGGGUGCGGACAGGCCUCGAGACCGUCUACCAUCCAGCGAUUGAGAUGUGGUCCUCGGCUGCGGACGUCGGGGACGGCGAGAAACCCAAACCUGCGGCGUCUCUAGCGCAGCCGUCCCCCGCCCGGUUCACCUGUCACUCCCUCUACGGAGGCUGCCCGAUCCUUUUCCGCGGCCUUUUCUGCAUCUGUGCGUUUGUGUGUGGCUCAUCAGUCGUGGAGGAGGACCAUCAUAGGGAAGCCCUGAUAGACGGGACGUCCGACAUCUCGGUCGUCGCCUUCGACUCGAUCGGCCCCGAGGUCUGCCGCGCCCUCCGAUCGGGACAGAGUGGCAUCGACACGUCCACACCGUUCCUCUCUAAGAAGCAGAGCCUUGAGGACUCCAGUCCGAGUCCCAUUCGGCAGAGCGUCAGAUUCCGCCACCUCAAAUGGGUUUCAGCGAGGACCGGUGGAGAAAACCCAGGAACAGAAGAGUUUGAUCAGAGGGACUCUCGCGGCUUCUCGGCCGCUCACCCGCAGGAGAGUUUGGUGACCGUCAGGCGCCGGCCAAGAGACCUGUCUGGGACUGCCAGCGGUGGCUUACGGGAGGCCAACGUCUGCAGAGGGCGAGGCGGUACUUCAACGUGUCCACUCUCUUCCUGUCCGACCAGCAGAGUUCCGCGAACGGGUCAUCACCGGUGCGGACCAGGAGUGCGGAAGGCGGGCGUGGUACAACCGGAUGGAGUCCGGUUUGGGUCGGACCUCCCGUCCCCGGACUUGGAGGCCCCCGACCGUCCCGGAGACAUCGACAUCCGGCCAUUCGGAAGCGGCUCUCGCCUGAGGACGGAGGGCAGGCCGAGAGAGGCAAACCUGGGGAUCGCAGACGGACGCGUUUCGGAUGCCCGUCGGCCAGGACCGGCGGAGCGGCUCCCAUCGUCCCCCGCCUUCGUCGGACCGACGCUCCGGGGUCCGGUACCGUGUCGCCAGAGGAGGCCUCGGCGCCGAGUCCCCGGAGUCGCUCGUCGAAACGGCUCCGAUACUCGGUGGGAAAUUCCGCGGCCUCGAGUCCCCACCGUCCACGGUUCGGGGUGGAAUGGGAGAGGGGAGACCGCGACUAGCUAUUACUUGCUCUACAGAGAGUACUGUACUCUCUCUACGGUCUCUUUCCAUGGCUAAAAUCUGCCCCUCGGUCUCCAUUCAAACCGCUACCCCAUUAACGCAAGCACUCAUCCUAUCCGCCUCGACGAUCGUAUCGGCCUCCCCCCCGGCCUCCCGUCCGGGCCAUGCUCCGGUCCGCUCCCCGGACGGUUUUCUUACAAAUACAUUGACACCCAGUUUCCCCGCUGUUUGAAGAACUCCAGCGGUUGACGGUCCACCUCUGCAAGAAACAAAAAGUCACCCCUACUGCUAUGUCACAUCGCUAUUCUCCAAGUACGACCCAGGCCACACAGCUCUGUUCCUCUAACGCCAACCCUCUCGAUCUCACCCAUCUCCCCGCCGACCCGUUCCACACAUCCUCCUUCCCCCCGUCGGACCGAUGAUUGCUGUCCGCCACUUUGGAGCCUCACCGAAGACACAGCUCCACCAAGAAGCCUCACCUGAGCCCUCUUCUUCCGCCCCCUUAUGCGUCACCCUGACUUAAGGUCUUUAUUCAUUCUCCCUGCCAUCCCCACAGCCCAUGUGUAUAUGUCUAUCUACCUAUCUGUAAGUAUUUAAUUAGUGAUUCGUGUAUGUAAAUGCCUGUCUGCCCCCCCACCCCUUCUAGACCGUGAGCUCUAUAAGCAGGGAAUGUGUCUGUCGUUUGCUUCGUACUCUCCCGAGUGCUUAGUACAGUCAAUUCUCCAGAAAUAUGACUCUAUGAAAAUCCAGAAGCUGCCCCUUGCAUUUCUCUAGCCUUGAGGAUCAUACCUCCGCACUUUGGACCGUCAGGUCGAUUCUCAGACUUGCCCCGUUAUUGAGAAGGAGCCACGGUCCGUACCCCUCCAUCCGAGGGAAGGUGUCGAGCGUGUGCGCGUGAAGCCGGUGGGGGUUGGGGGGGAUAGAACGGCGGGGAGGAGGACGCCGCCGUGGACGCACGAGCCGUUCACGGAAACGGGGUCCGGUUCCUUCUGACUCGGCGGUAGGCCCGAAGGCCGGGGGCCCUCGCCUCCGUCGACGGAUCGGACCUCCCCGUGACUUCCGAUUCACCUGGCACAUCCACAGUCCCCAAAGAAGGGACUCUUCCGUGUGUGACGACGGUUUCUGAGGAAGCAAGACAGACCUCCGCCCGCUUUCCCGGGAGAGCCGAGACGAGAGGGACGGCCCCCAAAGCGCGGAUGAGGUCGCGACCGACCGACCGCCGGCCUUUCCGUUCGGCGCGGACCACUUGGAGUCGCCGGGGCCGUGAGGAACUUUCUCGCGCAACGUCCGUCUCCGCUCACUUCUGACAUCUCCCUCGUCUGCGGCGUCGCUGUGGCUCGAUCUGUCUCAAACGAAAUCGUUUGCCUUUCGACUCCAACGCUAUGUUUCUGUAAUAGGUUCGCAUAUGACAAUGUCUGUCUCCCACCGCGGCCCCUGAGCUCAUAAAGGGCAAAAGGCGUGGCCGUCGAUCGUU